UUUAAGAUCAUAUUGGAUGAAAAGAAAUAUUGGCGUCUGAUUUGGUAAAAGGAACCGGUUCUAACAAUCAACAAAUAUAACAUCAAGUUACGAGAUCACAUACCUUUCAUUCCUUGUAGACAGGAGCUAUCCGUUCACGUUGGAAAACUGUGAUGACGGUGGCAGUGAUGGAUUGGUUGCGAACACGGCUGGACAUAAUUGAUUUGAUUGUUUUAACCAUCGUACUGCUUACAACAGUCUAUUAUUCCUGGAGGUCAUGGAUCGGAAAAACCACUAAUAAGUUCACACCAACUGUCUUGCCAUCCUACACUUCUCCCAGCAAUUCAUUUGAUCGACAAACUUCAUUCGUUGCACGUAUGAAAUCGGAAGAACGAAAGGUCUUAAUAAUUUAUGGCUCACAAACGGGAACAGCUGAGGAAUUGGCUGGUCGUCUUUCUAAGGAUGUUCAGAAUUACGGUCAGAAGGCUCUUUUACUCGACCCAGAGGAAAUGAAUGUUGAGGAUUUCGAAAAAAUUAAAGAAAUUCCUGGUGUUCUUCUGAUAUUAUUCAUGGCAACUUACGGGGAAGGCGAUCCGACAGAUAAUGCGCAGGAAUUUUAUCAGCAUGUUUUGAAUACGGACCUCAAUUUGACAGGCGUUAAUUUCGCCGUUUUUGGCUUAGGUAAUAAAACAUAUGGGCACUUCAAUGAAAUUGCGAAAUAUUUCAACCGACGAAUGGAAGAAUUCGGUGCUACGCGUAUUUACAGCCUUGGCCUCGGCGAUGAUGAUCGAAAUCUGGAGGAGGAUUUUAUGAGGUGGCGAGAAGGCUUUUGGUCUGCUAUAACAAAUAUUUUUGGUUGGGAAAUUGCUGAAACAGGUUCAUUACGACAGUAUCGCCUUGAAAUUGUGGAAGAUUUCUCGGUUAAAUUAUUCACGGGGGAGUACGGCCGACUAGGAUCAUUUGAAAAACAAAGACCGCCCUUCAAUCAGAAGAAUCCAUUUAUCGCUACUGUUAAUAUUAAUCGUGAGCUACACGAUAUGAAAAGUGAUAGAAGUUGUCGUCACAUCGAAUUUAUCAUCAGUGAAGCAAGAAUGAGGUAUGAGGUGGGUGAUCAUUUAGGCGUUUUCCCAACAAAUGAUCCAGUCUUCGUGGAAGAAUUGGGGCAAUUGCUUGACGCUGAUAUGGAUCUACGUUUCAGUCUGGUUAAUCUUGAUGAGGAAAACCUGAAAAAGAAUCCAUUUCCGUGUCCAUGUACAGUAAGAACCGCUUUUACUCAUUACGUAGAUAUCUGUGCACCAGUUAAAUCCAAUGUUCUGAAAGCAUUAGCUUCCUUCACAAGUGCUGAAGAUGAGAAAGAACGUCUUUUAUUGUUGAGCACGGCAAAUGAACAGGGUUUGAAGGAAUACGGGAAUUAUAUUCAGAAAGAAAGGCGUUCUAUUAUUGAUAUUCUUCGUGCAUUCCCGACAUGUAAACCUCCAGUUGAUUAUGUUCUAGAAUUGUUGCCUCGUCUUCAGCCUCGUUAUUACAGCAUAUCAUCAUCAUCCAAAUAUGAUCGUGAAUUACUGGCUAUAACAGUUGUUGUAACAAGAUAUAUGAUUGGCAAUCGAUUAGUCAAAGGAGUUUGCACCAACUUUCUUCUCCAAAAAGGUGAAGGUUCUAAAGUACCAAUAUUUGUUAGAAAAUCAACAAUGCGAUUACCACAUCGACUGGAAACACCAGUUAUUAUGAUAGGUCCUGGGACAGGCUUUGCUCCAUUUAGAGGUUUUCUCCAGGAGCGAAGUUUCCAGAAGAAACAAGGCCAAGGCAUUGGGCCGAUGAUAUUAUAUUACGGCUGUCGACAUCCAGAACAAGAUUACAUUUAUGAAGAAGAACUGAAGAAAUUCAUUGAAGAUGGUGUACUUUCCGAACUACACACUGCAUUUUCCAGAGUUACUGCAAAAAAAAUUUAUGUGCAAGAUGAAAUUUGGAAAAGUCGCGAAGCAAUAUGGAGAGCUGUUGAAGAUGGUGCAAAUAUUUUUAUUUGUGGCGAUGCGCGUAAUAUGGCACGUGAUGUGCAAAAUACAUUCAUACGAAUAUUCAUGGAGGUUGGAGGGAAAACCGAAAUUGAAGCACAGAAAUUCCAAAAGGAUUUGGAACGGAAACGAUGUUACCAAACAGAUGUCUGGUCUUAAUAGGUCUUUGAAUUUAUAUUUUACAAAGUUCGAUGUCUAGUUUGUGCCUUCAUUUCGAAUUUAUUCGCUAUUUUCUUACCGUUCAAAACUUCAUAUCACCGUAAAAAGAUCUUAUCUGCGAAGGUCUUCUUCAGUGUUAGAGCAGU